AUGUGUCAUUUUCCCAAAAAUGUAGCAAUUACAAAUGGAAAGGGCCUGAGAGCAUUGCAAAAGUCUACAAUGAGUGGAUACUUAGCUAUGCGGGAUAAGAAAAUAUCGAUGGAAUUCAAAUGUAUAAAUAAAAAUGCUCAGAAUUUAUAUGAGAAAUUCAAUGAAAAAAAAGGGGAGGACAGCGGAAUCUCUGACCAAACAUCAGGUUCCUCCUGCAACUUCAGUGUUAUAUCAGAUACACUGAGCACGAUCGAUAAGGAUAGCAAUCGAGAUUCAGCAUGCAUCAAAGAUACGAUUCACUCCAUUGCCAAACCGAUAGAUUCUAAAAUUUUGAUGUAUAAAGUCGUGGAUAAAUUGGUAGACUCAACUCUGGCCGCGAAUAAAAGUUCUAACCUUCAAAUGAAGUUUGAAAUAAGAAAUCCUUAUCCAAAUGAAAUACGAAAAAUAUAUGAUUGGAGGAAAGAAGAAUUUGGCCAUAGAACUCAUUGGGAUUAUUUUAUGUCGCUUUACAAUUGUUAUCCAUCUGGCUGGAUAGUCGCAGUUGAUGAAAAGGGCAAGAUAUUAGGAUCAAUAUUUGCAAUGAAUAUGAACGACGAUCAAGCCUUUGGUGGAAUAUUCGCUGUUAAAAAAUCAUACAGAUGCCAUGGAAUCGGUGGUCAAUUAUGGAAGGUCCGUUUAAAUCACAUUGGUAAUCGCAAUUUCGGAAUCAAUGCUGUCGAAUCUCGAAUAGUACCGAACGAAAAACUAGGAAUGAAACUAGCAUUCAGAAUGUCAAAAUAUUACGGAAGACUUACUUCGAGCGUCAUUAAUGCUUUCAAGCUCAAAUUUAUCCAUAAAUCUGACGAUUAUACCUUUAAUAAAUUGUCCAACAUACAACAAAUCUCUCAAGGAAAUGACAAAUCUCUGAUGCGUUUACUCAUAGACUAUGACACGCAGAUAAAUACGGUAUCUCGUUCUCAAUUUAUAGAAGAGGCAGUGAGCCAUUAUGAACACACGAUAACUAUUGUAUGCACAGAAGAUAUCACUAUUAUAAAAAAUGAUAAUAAAAUAGAAAAGUUUCCUAAAGUAGUUGGAUACGGAAUGUUGAAGCCUACUAUCGAAGGUUACUCCAUACAGCCCCUCCAUGCAAAUUCUCCAGAUAUUGCAGAAUCGAUAUUCAGACAUUUGCUUAAUUACAUGACACCUAAUUCCCUCAUUGACAUAACAAUAAUCGACGAUGACAGAAAAUUCCCUGCCAAGACGUUGACCGAUGCCUUAGAAAAUAUGGCUCGCCUAAGAUGCGUUAAAAACAUCAUAGCAAAUUUGGAACUCGAACUAGAAUACCACUUGUAUCGGAUGUAUUCAAAAGGUGACGUUUCUUUGCCCACCAAUAAAGUGUUCGCCAUGAAUAGUUCCGAGGCAUUUUCGUUGUAAAAGAAAAUAAUUUUUGAUAUUU